CGGUUGUCAUGGCAGUGCAGUCAGGAAAGUGCUUAGGGAUCUCGGAGGAGAGAGAGCGGCAUGCUUUGACCACAGACGCACUGUACUCAGUCUAGAGAACUGCAGCAAUUUCAGCACCAUGAGAUGCACCUUCACCAGCACAAAACACGUCCAGUUCCGUUAAGACAUCGCUUGACCACUGGAGGAAGCUUUGCUUUUUAUGUGAUAAGGGGUUAUCACAAAUAGGCCCCAGCUCCUGGUCCUUGCUGUCCAGCACGCCCUCAAUUAUUUUCACUUCUGAAGAUGUCCAAUAGUAAUAACGCUCAAGAAACUUUGGAAAUCAUGAAGGAAUCGGAGAAGAAAUUCGUGGAGGAAUCUGUAAUCAAAAAUAAAUCCAUGUGCAGAUCUUCCAGUAAAGAGGAGGUGGAAAAAGAGGUGGAUGAGUCGAAUGCACAGUUGGAGACACAGCGAAAAACACAGAACCACGGACACUCGAGGAGAAGAUCCAAGUCCAAUUCUAAGUUAAAAUUGGUGCGGAGCCUAGCUGUGUGUGAAGAGUUUUCCAAUCUCUUCACAGGCGAAGGGACUCAGGAUAUCCAGGAUGUUAUCCAACUGCAGUUCACUUGCCCUUCUGAUAAAGAAGAAGAAAAGUCUUCGAAGGAUGGCUCGGAGAAAGAGGAAAAGAACAAAGAAAAACUGGAGCGAGGUCCGAGGAAAAUGCUGUCAAGAGAUUCUAGCCAGGAGUACACCGACUCCACUGGAAUCGAUCUGCACGAGUUUUUAGUAAAUACACUGAAGAAUAAUCCCAGGGACAGGAUGAUGCUGCUAAAAGUAGAACAAGAUAUUCUGGACUUUAUCAAUGAUAAUAAUAAUCAAUACAAAAAAUUUCCCCAGAUGACCUCCUACCACAGGAUGCUCUUACACCGGGUGGCCGCCUACUUUGGGAUGGAUCACAACGUUGACCAAACUGGAAAAGCCGUCAUAAUUAACAAGACCACGAAUACAAGGAUACCGGAGCAGAGGUUUUCAGAGCACAUAAAAGAUGAAAAGAGUAUGGAUUUUCAGAAGAGAUUUAUACUCAAAAGGGAUGACACUAGUCUAGAUAAAGAUGACAACCAGAUGAGAGUGCCCUUGCGAGACGAUCGGAGGAGUAAGUCGAUAGAAGAGAGAGAGGAAGAGUACCAGAGGGUCAGAGACCGAAUAUUUGCUCGAGAAUCUUCAUACAAUGGCUAUCUGACAGACAACAGACUCUCCAAAGAAGGCAGUUCCUCUAGUUUGCAAAAAAGGAGGCAGAUUUUUAGGGGAAACCGAGAGUGCCUGAGCAGGGCUUCGAGCAGCCGGCAGAGCAGCACGGAGACCGAGCUGAAAUCCUCGGAGCCCAGGCCGUGGAGCAGCACCGACUCCGACAGCUCCAACCGCAGCCUGAAGCCCCCGGUGACCAAAGCCAGCAGCUUCAGCGGCAUCUCCAUCCUGACCCGGGGGGACAGUGUCGGCAAGAGCCCGGGCAACAGGGUCUCCAAAACGGGUUUGCCGCUUGCUUCUCCCGAGAUCACAUCGUCGGGGUAUAAUAUUCCCUCCGCACAUCAACCUGGGAGGGCUCUUCUGUCUAACCCUACACAGCAGCUCUCACCAGCACCUCAGCAACAACCGAUGACAAAUCACAUGCUGUCACAACCCCUGCCAUCUCUGCAGCCCUCUGUACAGCCUGUCCAGUACUCUGCCAACUCUUGCCCCCAAGUUCUCCUGCCAGUCUCGCCUCCCCAGCAGUACACUAUGGUACAUGUCAACAGUUCUCCUGAAGAACUCGGCAGCCCCUUCGGACAGAUAAGUCUUAGCCGCCAAGGAUCCACCGAAGCCCCUGACACCACCUCUGCCGUUUACCAAACCCCCGUCAUAUCACAGGCCAGCUACAUCAUGGCCUCGCCAGCCCAGUCCCUCUCCGCCCCGCAAUACGCAACGACCGGACAUCCCACCGCUCAACAGGUGCUCCAGCCAGGCUACAUGCAGUCCCCUCCGCAGAUUCCUGUGUCCUAUUACCCUCCCGGGCAGUACCCGAGUUCCAACCAGCAGUUCCGUCCUCUCUCCCAGGUUCCGUACAACGCUCAGCGCACUCAGCAGCUGCCCCAACCGUCACAGCAAACAGCUUUGCAGGGUGUAGUUCCAAACCAGCAACAGACCUACCAGGGCAUGAUCCAACAGCCCCAGCCACCAGGCUUGAUCAGCAAUCAGAGAAGCAAUCCGGGAAACCAGAUGCAAGGAAUGAUGGUGCAGUAUUCAUCUGUUCCGUCGUAUCAGGUGCCAAUGGCCAGCGAUUCGCCGGGAGUCGUACAGCAGCCAUACCAACAGCCGGUGAUGGUGCCCAGCCAGUCUGUACAGGGAGCACUCCCGGGCGGGGGAGUCCCAGUGUAUUAUAGUGUUAUCCCAGCCUCCCAGCAAAACAGCACAAGCCAAUCGGUUGGAUUCCUUCAGCCUCCCGGCCCAGAGCAGUACCAGAUGCCUCAGUCUCCUUCUCCGUGUAACCCACCACCGAUACAGCAACAGUACACAGGUGUGGCCGCGCCAGGUCACGGAGUGGUCGUCAUGCAGCUGAGCGUCCCCAAUGGGCCUCAGCCCCCCCAGACGCCCCUGUUGUCCCAGUGGAACCAGUGCAAGUACUACACGGUGGAGCAGAGGGGGCAGAAAUCCACAGAGCUGUACAACCCUGACACCCCCACACAGGUCAACGCACAAUUAAGCAGCCCGCUGAGCUCUCCAACCCAGUCGCCAACGCCAACCCCGGUGACUAACGUGACCAGCGUAUGUCCUGGUUUGGCACCACUGCCGCUGAUCGCUCAGUUCUCGAGACCUGUGGGGCCAGCACAAGGUGACACCCGUUACUCCUUACUCGGCCAGCCUUUGCAAUACAACCUGCCAGUGUGCCCUCCUCCAGUAAUCCACGGACAGUGUCAGUACUCAGCUCAUCAGGGGUCCUGCGGAGCGAAGCACAGUAAACGAGGGAAGAAACCAGCUCUGAAAUCGGCUUCCACAGAUCUUGGCACGGGAGAUGUCGUGCAUUGGAGCAACAUCAGCCUGCCAGGAUCCUUCGCAGUUGUCGGUCGGAUACUGGAGGUAACGGACCUUCCCGAAGGAAUCACCCGUACCGAGGCCGACAAACUUUUCAGCCAGCUCUCCAUGUCCGGUGCCAAAAUCCAGUGGCUCAGAGACUCUCAGCAGCGCGGUGUCGGCGGCGGCGGUGGCUCAGGUGACUGCAACCGGUCGGCUGAGCACUCGAGGAGCGCUGGUGACUUAGCCGCACUUUAUACCAUCGUUGCCGUGUUCCCCUCCACCGUGGCCGCCCAGAACGCCACCGUCAGACUCAAUAACUCCACAAACCGCUUCAAGCUGCGGUCGGCCAAGAAGAGCUACGACCUCCGGGUCCUCGAAAGGGCCAGUUCUCAGUGACGGACUGAGGGAUGGACAUUUGGAAGGACCCCCCCACCUUCCCCCCCGACGCUCACACACGCACACACACACACAC